UCAGGUCAGCAUUGUCCUUACUAUAGAAACAUUAACUCGCAACGGCAGCUUACAAAAGUCAGUUUCUAUGUGAAGCUGGUUCUAUGAAUUGUAUCAUAUUUUGGACAAUAGUUGUUUAACAAUGAGUUUAAAAUCUAGCGAAGAAUCACCAAUGAUAGAUCGCUUUUAUCCGUUAACUAUAAAACGCAGACUUUUGACUAUCGACCAAGAGGUAAUUCACCAACACCCUGGAUUGGAAAACAGUAGAACUUCAUCGAAACGCUUACAAAAUGGUAUGUUCCGUCCGUACAGCCCAGAAAUUAAUUACUGUACAACGAAUCUAAAUCAAGAAAAAGGACACAGAUACAAUACGAAUCUACAACAAUCAUCCCUGAACGAUGGGGACAUUUUAAAAAGUAACGGGGUUGAUAUGAAAUGCACAGUUCCAUUAACGGAAGACCAUUUAUUGGAGAGUAAACUACGUUCGUCAGAUCAAAAUAUAUGUUGUCCUCGUCAAAAUGAGAGUGAAGAUGGUAAGAUUAUUUUAACUGAAGAUAAUGAUGAAAGUAAUGGUAAAACUGAUUUUAUGGAUAAAAAAUGUGAUGAUUCAGAUAUGGAAGAUUUUGGCAAACGGAAACAACGCCGCUACCGGACGACAUUCACAAGUUACCAAUUGGAUGAAUUAGAAAGAGCUUUCCAGAAAACUCAUUAUCCUGAUGUUUUUACCAGAGAGGAGUUAGCUAUGCGGAUUGAUUUAACGGAAGCACGAGUUCAAGUUUGGUUCCAGAAUCGCAGAGCAAAAUGGCGCAAGAAAGAAAAGGUCGGUCCCCAAUCCCAUCUUUAUGGCCCCUAUUCCAAUAACCUGAAUGUUGGACGCGUUGGAGUGUUGCCCAGCCAUCAAAGUUAUGCGGAUCUCUUGAUGAAAUCCUACGAAAACCAUAUCCUUGGUCGAUACACUCUGGCCUCGGCCCAGGGUGCGAACCCACAGUUCUCACCCCCAACAGCAGCUGCUGCAGCUGCUGCUGCCGCUGCUGCCGCCGCAGCCGGGUUUUACAGUCCUAUGGCGUUAGCAGCAGCAGCGGGGUUGUCGUCCACGUCAUCGUCUCAGAUAAGAUCUUUUCCUUCGUUCAGCACACAUUUACCUCCUCCUGGCUCUUUCCAGCAUCUUUUGGCAAGUAUGACGUCAACGGCGGCAAAGACCCGCGAUGGCAACAGUAACGGCAACGGGUCGCCUGCCAGCAACAACGUUAGUUCUGGAGAGUCGACAUCGGCGUCACAAUCUCCGCCAACCACGGCAGGACUGACGGUAACCUCGGGAAGUUUCGCUGACGCUGACAGACGUUCAUCAAGUAUAGCUGCUCUUCGAAUGAGAGCCAGAGAACACGAAAUUAGGCUCGGGCUUAAUGGCAAAUGUAACAGUAUUGUUUAUUAAGGGGCGAAUAUUUGGGGGAAAAAAAAGAAAGAAAACAACAAAAUAUUGUAAAAUUUACAACUAAAUUUAUAACAACGAAAUUCUGUGAAAUUUAGAGAAAAUAACUGCAUUAAUUCCAUUGAUUAACUAAUAUUUGUUCAAAAACUAAAUGGAAAGAUAAGGGAGUUUCUUUGUUUUUUUUUAUUUACAUUAACAUUUUUCUACCUGCCAAAUUUCGCAUUUAAUUACAAAGAUUCGAGAAAUCCAAGACGGAAAAACUGAACAAAAUACAAAAAAAACAAAACAAAACAAACAAAAAACAAACAUGAAACUGAGAAUAUAAAGUCAAAAAAGCAGCCGUUUGCUUUUUUUCACUUCCAACAGUAAAAUUGUACAACAAACUGUAGGAAAAAUGCAAUAUUAAACAAGAACAAUUCUGGAAGGACAUUUUUGUUUCAGAUCCUUUGAUAUUGUAUCGCCAGAAAUAAUUUUAAAUUGUACUGCAAAAAACUACAAAAAAAAAAA